AUGUCUACGUUUGAUUUAGAACCCAAUCCGUUUGAACAAAGUUUUGCUUCUAAACCUAGUGUCAUAUCCAUAGUCAAUAAACCAUCCGCCGAUGAUGUUACUACUACUGUUACCACUAAUAAUCCCAGCAAUAGUAAAAAUGCCGGUAUAACUGUUGCUGAUUCCACCUCAAAUUAUAACGAGAAAAAAAACAAUUAUAACAAUAAAGUUGCCAUUACUUCGUCAUCAGCGAAUACUUCAUCGGCUUUAGAGGCUACAAAUUCCCUGAUUAACACUGGUAGCACAGUUAAUAACAUCGAAAACCAGGAUUUAGGACCUGCUUCAAGUGCACCAUUGGUUUCAAACUCGCCUAACCCCAUUAGUGUCUCGACAACAAAUGCUAGUUCUAAUACUAACAUUUUAGCACCAGUGAUAGAUUCCACUAAUAAUACUAACGUAAGUAAUCAGAAUGAUGUAUCUGAUAUUCUGUUGCACGGAGCAUCAGUAAUAACUAAUAAUACAACAAACAACAAUAAUAGUAGACCGAUUAUAAAUUCUCCAUCUUUAUUAACGCCUGGUGGGAGUAGAAAACUGCCAUUGCCUAUAUCAAAUAACAGUCCAGGUAUGGGAUCAGCGGUAGCGUCGGGAAUAUUGAACCCAUCAUCGUCCACUUUAACACCCUCUACCUUUUUCUUUAGCCUGACACAAGGUAAAAAUAUAUUAACCCCAAACAUAGAGAGUAGCAUUAGAACAGGAUUGACACCGGCUAUUUUAUAUGGUGCAUCAAACACUGCUACUACCAAUAACAAUGCUCAUAAUAACACAAUGACUUCAUCACUAACCAAAGUUUUUCCAACUACGCAGGAAGUCUUAACAAAACAACAAAUUUUAUUUGAAAAUAACUCGAGUACUAACAACGGUAUUAAUGCUACUGGCAAUAUACCAAUUAUGUCUGGUAUCAUGAAUACGGCCAAUCCCAAUAAAAACAAUACAAAUACCGAUAAUCGUACUGGUAUUGAAAGUAUAUUAGGUCUACCUAUAGCUACUUCAUCGCAUACAGGACUAACCCCUCAAUUAAAUAAUACUAUAAAAAAUGUGGCAACAAAGGCCACGGCGGCAGCAAUUAGUACAGUUAAUGCAUCAAGUAAUAAGGUAGCAGAAAUGAAACUAGAAGUGCCCAAAAAUAAGAGAAAGAGAAGCCGUGCUAGUAGCACCAGUUCGAUUACGCAACAAAAAGUUAAUGGCACUGUUAAUAAAAAUAAGAAAUCAAAGAAAUCGGAAAAUUAUGAUUUAAAUAUCAAUAAAAAUGUUACUGUUGAAUCAAAGGUAAAGAAAGAAUCAAAGGAUAAUAUAGAAGUGCCAGAUGAAAAGGAAAAAAAAAGAAGAGAGUUUUUGGAAAGGAACAGGUUAGCUGCCUCUAAAUUCAGAAGAAGGAAAAAAGAAUAUAUUAAAAAAAUAGAAAGACAUUUAGACUUUUAUAAAAAUGAGUAUAAUGAUAUAACCGAGAAUUUUAUGAAGCAUUUGAUAACUGUACCACAUUCUGCUGGUUGUAAUGCCGCUUCAGAAAACACGGCGUCUACUGCUUCUUUAAUAGAUUUGUUAAAGAAUGCUGUUAUAAGUAAAGAUACUCAGUACAGUUUAGGGAUAAUACAAGAAAUUGAAGCUGCAUUUAUGAAGACUGGGUAUUAUCAAAGAGCAGGUGUUGACCCCACAGUUUUAGAAAAGGAAGAUGAAGAUUAUUAUGACGAAGAAGAGCAAAGAGAUAAAAAAAUAUAA